AUGCUGCUGGCUCCUGUCUGUGUGCUACUGAUGCUUGUGGUCCACACUUUUGCUGGAGGUUAUGCCCCCAUACCCCACAUGAAGUACAUUCAGCCCAUGAUGAAAGGGCCUAUCGGACCUCCGUUUCGUGAGGGCAAAGGACAUUAUGUCGAUAUGCCACCCAUGAUGGAAGUGAAGGGGGAACCUGGCCCCCAAGGAAAACCAGGACCAAGAGGCCCCCCUGGGCCACCAGGCCUUCCAGGAAAACCUGGACAGGGGAAGCCUGGUUCUCAAGGCCCACCAGGUCCUCAGGGACCUUCUGGCUUUACAGGAAUCGGUAAGCCUGGACUUCCAGGACUCCCAGGAAAGAUUGGGCCAAAGGGGUUGCCAGGACUUAAUGGUGAAGUAGGCCCUCGUGGUGAACCAGGUCCCCGUGGACCUCCUGGGCAGCCCGGUCUUCCUGGCCCUGCUGGAUUGUCCUUGAAUGGGAAACCUGGGCUUCCAGGUAUAAGAGGCCCCCCAGGGGUUCGUGGUGAGCCAGGAAUAAAGGGUAUAGCUGGCCCACCAGGUGAGCGUGGACUUAAGGGUGAGAAUGGAAAUGGGGAUCCAGGGCUUCCAGGUCUAAGGGGUUCUCCUGGGCCAAAAGGGAAUAGUGGACCCCCUGGCUUUCCAGGUAUUGGCAAGCCAGGAUUAAAAGGUUUGCCUGGACUACCUGGUCCUAAAGGUGAUCAAGGACUCCCAGGGGAUGGAGGACUACCAGGAGAGGCUGGGCCCCCAGGACUACAAGGUUUGCCGGGGCCAGUUGGGUUGGGGAAGCCUGGGCUUGAUGGACUUCCUGGAGUACUAGGUCCACAAGGUCCAAAAGGUGAACCUGGGCCCAGGGGUAUUCCUGGAAUGCCUGGGACUAAUGGCUAUGGAAAACCUGGUCUGAAUGGACCAAAAGGAGAAAAGGGCAAUGGUGGAUUUCCUGGUCUCCCAGGGGAAAAAGGAGAACAAGGACUAGUUGGACCAGUUGGGAACCCAGGACUUGAUGGACAACCAGGACCACCAGGACUUCAAGGCCCAAUGGGAUUGCCAGGAAAACAUGGACUGCCAGGGCAGAAGGGAGAACUGGGGCCCCGGGGUCCUCCUGGACUGCCUGGACUUCGAGGUGACCAAGGCCCCAGUGGACCCUCUGGAAAACCUGGCAUCCCUGGGGAAAAGGGCAUCCCUGGGCCCAGUGGUCUUAUUGGAAAACCUGGACCUAAAGGUGAGGCAGGGCAUUCUGGCCCUCCUGGGAAUCCAGGUGUAACAGGUGUUCUGGGGCCCAAAGGAGAGCCAGGGUUUAUGGGAAGUCCAGGCCCUAGGGGCCUGUCGGGCAUUCCUGGUCUUCAGGGGCCCAUGGGUCCCAUGGGUCCACAAGGUGCCCCUGGCCUAAAAGGUGAACCAGGACUUCCAGGGCCUCCAGGGCUGGGCAAGUUGGGUGAGAAAGGUCCUAUAGGUCCCCAGGGUCCUCCGGGGAAACAAGGCCCUCCUGGACUUAAUGGCAUCUCGGGGCCUCCUGGCCCUCCAGGACCCCCUGGGCCUCCAGGAAAUGGCCAUACAGUUGUCGCAGGGCCAGAAAAUUCACAGUUGGAAGGGGGCGAAAUUCCAGAUGACAGGAAAGGCCCUGCAUACAGUCAAGUCCCACUGUCUGUCUCUGUGGCACCAGCCUUCACAGCAAUCCUUACCACACCUUUCCCUCCUUCUGGCAUGCCAAUUAAAUUUGACAGGACCCUGUACAAUGGGCAAAAUGCCUACAGCUCUUCUACUGGCAUAUUCACUGCUCCUUUAUCUGGUAUAUACUACUUUGCGUACCACAUGCAUGUAAAGGGGACUAGCUUGUGGGUGGCAUUGUACAAGAACAGUGUACCAGCCACUUACACCUAUGAUGAAUACAAGAAAGGCUACAUGGACCAGGCAUCUGGUAGUGCAGUCUUAGAGCUGAAGGAGGGUGACCAGGUAUGGGUCCAGAUGCCCUCAGAUCAGGCAAAUGGCCUAUAUUCUACCGAAUACAUUCAUUCUUCCUUCUCAGGAUUCCUGCUCUGUCCCAGAUAACCCAGUCUUUUCCUUAAGACGUCUUUCUACAUUUGCACCUCAGUGCAGCCCUUAACCCGAAAUACCUGCAGCCAUUAUCGAAACACAAGACCCAUAAAAUACUCAAUAUUAUUGCUAUAGUCUUUAUCAGUCUGGCCCUCAACAGCACAAGUGAAACAAAAACUUUGUGAAUGAAAUAUGGAGUUUUUAAAGGCAGGGGAAGGAAUUUCAUACUGUGUUCUUUAUUUCAGUGUCCUUCAAAUGUAUGUUUUGGGUUGUGUUUUAUGUUGGAGUUUUUAGCUUUUAGCUUAUUUUAAUUAUUAUAUUUUCAUAAUUUUAUUGUUAUUAUUUGGUCCAUGUCAUUAUUGUUGUUGUUUAUUGGAUUCAGACUAUUUAGUGCCUUACUUUGUAAUGUGCUAGAAACCUUCCCGUGUGACUGCACAUCCUGCCCACAUGCUCUGACAUAAGGAUGACAUCACCAAAC